GUAAGACACCAUAAGUAGAACCCCUUUAUCUCGCAUUAUUGGGCUGUCAAAUGUCACCAUUUUGUCUUGUGCCCUCGUUCAAUCAUAUUCCAGCAACUAGCUCCCUGUCUGCAUUCCAUUAUUAAUUAUAGAAACCCCUGUAUAUAUAAGUUACAAAGGCACACCUUCAUACUUUGUAUAUUCUCUCAUUCAUCACUUAUCUUCAACUAGCUAGCAGCUCAGCAGUGAGUUCUCUUUGGCAGUUAUCGAUCAGGGAUUUCUUCAUAUUUUGAAAGAGAUGAACUCUCAGGGAAGAGGCAGUGCCAGAUUUACUGUUGUGCAGGUGGUUGCAGUUCUACUAUGCCUCAUGGCAGUUCAGUAUGUUGAUGCAGCUACCUACACAGUUGGAGACUCCGGUGGAUGGAGCUUCAAUACUGGUAAAUGGCCCAACGGAAAGCAAUUCCGAGCCGGUGAUGUUCUAAUUUUCAACUAUGACUCUACACUUCACAAUGUGGUAGCUGUGGGGAGGGGUGGUUAUAGCAGCUGCACAACCCCUAGAGGUGCCAAGGUUCUGACAUCGGGGAAUGAUCGGGUGAAGCUCGCCAAAGGACAGAACUACUUCAUUUGCAACUUUCCAGGCCACUGCGAGUCCGGGAUGAAGGUUGCCAUCAAUGCUGUCUAAUGGUCGAUUUAUGUACGUACGCUAGCGUUUAUUAGUCUAAUAUAUCAAUCCGCAAUAAGAAAAAUGUCACGGCCGGUUAGUCGGACAUAAUAGAACCGUGGACAUAUAAGACGGUUUUAUGUAUUACAUAUUGAAUAUUUGAUUGUGAAACUUAACGC